UGCAUUAAAUCUGUGGAUCGCUUUUGGUAGAAUAGACAUUUUUACUAUGUUAAGUCUUCCUAUCCAUGAGCAAGGUAUAUUUUUCCACUCAUGUAGGUUUCUUCGUUUCUUGCAGAACUGUUUUGUAGUUUUCUUUGUAUAAGUCUUUUACAGCUCUGUUAAGAUUUAUUCCUAAUUUUUCAUCUCCCUGGGGGCUACUGGAAAUGGUAUUGAUUUGGUGACUUCUUCUUCGAUGUCUUUCUGUUGUAGAGGAAUCCAGCUGAUUUUUGUAUGUUUAUCUUGUAUCCUGAUACUCUGCUGAACUGUUCUAUUAGUUUCAGUAGUUUUCUUGAGGAAUCCUUAGGGCUUUCUGUGUAUAAGAUCAUGUCAUCUGCCAAUAUAGUUUUACUUCUUCCUUAACAAUCUGAAUGCCCUUUAUUUCUUUAUCUAGCCCAAUGGUUGUGGCUAGGCCCUCCAGCAGAAUGUUGAAUAAGAGCGAUGAUAAAGGGCAUCCUUGUCUGGUUCGUGAUCUCAGGGGGAAUGCAUUCAGACUCUCUCCAUUUAGGAUGAUGUUGGCUGUUGGCUUUGUAUAAAUGCCUUUUAUUAUUUUGAGGAAUUUUCCUACCUAUUUUGCUGAAGUUUUUGUGAUAAAUGGGUGUUGAACUUUGUCAAAUGUUUUUUCUGCAUCAAUUGAUAACAUUAUGUGAUUCUUGUCUUUUGUUUUAUUUAUAUGAUGGAUUACAUUAAUUGUUUUUCUAAUGUUGAACCAUCCCUGCAUACCUGGUAUGAACCCUUGUUAUUUUUUCUUUUUGUUUUUGCUGUGUUUUUAUAGGGGAAGGAUGACAAAGUUAGCAUUGAAUGGGGUUAAGAACGCGCAGUUUGACCAAGGUUAUUGAAUCUUUGGGAAUUAUUAUUUACAAAGCACUGGACUACGGUUUGAAAGAGAAUGAAGAAAGAGAAUUAAGCCCACCCUUAGAGAAGCUCAUUGAUCUUAUGGCCAAUACAGUAGAAACUGAUGGUAGCAAUGAUGAGGGCUAUGAGGCUGCGGAUGAAGGAAUGGAAGAUGAAGAUGAUGAAAAGAGAAAAGUCUCAGCUAUUCGAUCAUAUAGAGAUGUCAUGAAGUUAUGUGCUGCUCAUCUGCCGACCGAAUCAGAGGCACCAAAUCAUUAUCAGGCAGUAUGUCGGGCACUGUUUACAGAAACAAUGGAGCUGCAUACCUUUCUGACUAAAAUUAAGAGUGCAAAGGAGAAUCUGAAGAAGAUACAAGAAAUGGAAAAAAGUGAUGAAUCUAGCACGGACCUGGAUGAGCUGAAAAAUGCUGACUGGGCUCGAUUCUGGGUACAGGUUAUGAGGGAUUUGCGGAACGGUGUAAAACUGAAGAAAGUCCAAGAGCGGCAGUACAAUCCUUUGCCCAUUGAAUAUCAGCUCACCCCUUAUGAAAUGCUAAUGGAUGACAUUCGGUCCAAAAGAUACACUUUGCGAAAGGUGAUGGUGAAUGGUGAUAUUCCACCUCGAUUAAAAAAAAGUGCUCAUGAAAUCAUCCUGGACUUUAUCAGAUCAAGACCUCCUCUAAAUCCAGCCUCAGCCAGAAAACUAAAGCCAACCCCACCACGCCCACGGAGCCUCCAUGAAAGAAUAUUGGAAGAAAUUAAAGCAGAAAGAAAGCUGCGACCCAUCUCACCAGAGGAGAGCAGACGUAGCCGACUUGAUGUAACUACCCUUAAAUCUCCGGAGAAUGUGAUAGAAUCAUCUGUGGUGAAUGGAGACUUAACGUCGUCCACAAAAGAAAAUAGCUUAAGUGCCACACAGCAGGUCCCUGUGCAGCGGAAGAAACGCCUCAAAGCCCCAACGCUGGCUGAGCUGGGCAGCUCUGACUCUGAGGAAGAAACUGUGCACAAGUCAACCAGCAGUAGCAGUGUUUCUCCCUCCUUCCUUGGAGACCCCUUACUGGAGACCAUGUCAACAAGGAAGAGUUAUGGAAACUCUGUUGGCGUAGUGGUUAAGUGCUUCAGCUGCUACCCAAGAGGUCAGCAGUUCGAAUCCGCCAGGCGCUUCAUGGAAACUCUAUGGGGCAGUUCUACUCUGUCCUGUAGGGUUGCUCUGAGUCGGAAUCGACUCGAUGGCGAGCCUCCAAAAUUCUUGCCCAUAUCCUCAACACCCCAGCCAGAGAGACGGCAGCCGCCCCAAAGACGCCAUUCCAUUGAAAAGGAAACACCUACUAAUGUGAGACAGUUUCUGCCACCAUCCAAGCAGAGUUCCCGAUCUCUGGAGGAAUUCUGCUACCCCGUGGAAUGCCUCGCUCUGACUGUGGAAGAAGUGAUGCACAUUCGCCAGGUCCUCGUCAAGGCUGAGCUAGAGAAGUACCAGCAGUACAAGGACGUCUACACUGCCCUGAAAAAGGGGAAGCUCUGCUUUUGUUGCCGAAUCCGGAGAUUUUCCUUCUUCACCUGGUCUUACACCUGUCAGUUCUGUAAGAGGCCGGUGUGCUCACAGUGCUGCAAAAAGAUGCGGCUGCCGUCCAAGCCAUACUCCACUCUUCCUAUCUUUUCUUUGGGACCUUCUGCCUUGCAAAGAGGGGAAAGCUUUAUGAGGCCAGAAAAACCCUCCAUCAGCCACCAUCGACCACUUCGGAGCUUUGCCAGGUUCUCCUCGAGGUCAAAGUCUGUGGACAAAUCAGAUGAAGAACUACAGUUUCCUAAAGAUCUGGUGGAAGACUGGAGCACCACAGAAGUGUGUGUAGACUGCAAGAAGUUCAUUUCAGAAAUCAUCAGCUCAAGCCGGCGUAGCCUGGUGUUGGCCAACAAAAGAGCCCGGUUAAAAAGGAAGACACAGUCCUUCUACGUGUCCUCACCAGGCCCUGCGGAGUACUGCCCUUCAGAGAGGACUAUCAAUGAGAUCUGAGCUCAUUCCUCUUGGUUACUUUGUGCUCCACGUCAGGGCCAUGUGUGAGGACACUGAGCUUCCUCUCUGUGGUUUGAUUUAAUAGGCUUGGAUUUGUAUCCGAUCUGAUGUUUGCUGUAUCACAUUGUCCCCCAGACUGACUGCUAUGUUUGUAUCAAUUGACAAUGUGUGGCAGGCCAGCCAGCUGCUCACUUGCACUGAGAGAGGACAAUAGUUUGAAACUUGCUUUUGUGUGUAUGUGGAUUUGGAGUCUAGAAACUUUUUCCUUAGUUCAGUUCUUCACUGUCUUCAAAUAAUUUUCUAAGGCAAAAGCUUCUCACAUGAGAAAUCGGCCUAACCAGGUGUCGAUGUUAACACAGUCUACGCAAUAAGUCAUAUUGACCCUUCCGCCUGCAGUGUUCAUGUCCAAUGUACAUUGUGACCCUGAGCCCUGCCCAAUGCCAGACACUUGGAGGCAAGACCAUGCUAUUCAUCAUCUCAGCAUAAAACCUAGGAGGAUUUGCUUACACUAUCAAACGGAUUGCUAAAUUAUUGUUGCUGUGAGAUAGAAUAAAUGAGGGACUUCAGACCAGCAUUCUAGGGCAGCACCCCUGUAUAGGCUGUACACCCAAGUCGACCACCGUUUCCUCUGAGCUGCAGUGUCUGCCCAGGUGAUUGAUCAGUGCCUCUACUGAAUCCAUCGUGGUUACCAGCAAUUUUAUGAUGGAAGUCUAAGAAUUAAAGUUUUAUGGGAACUUCAGAACAGGAAGGCUAAGAGCCUGUCAGGAAGUCAAGUAUGUUGUGGCUGACAGUGAAAAAGGUUUUGGCAGCAUAGGGUGCCCACCCCAGCCACACUGUGGGGAACAGGCUGGAGCUUGGACAGUUCUAACUGCAUUCUUCAUGACUUUAUCAUACAGCCGUAAUAACUAAAUUAAGCCACAAUUGGGUACCUAAGGUCUCAAACUGAAAUUUAUUUUUAUAAAUGAAUUUUAAAAAAAAAGAUUGUCUAGCUGAUUUAAAGUUACAAGCAAAUCAACCUGCUGACAGGCUUUCCGGAUGCUUUUUUGCACUCGUUUUCCUUGUAAAUGAUGUAGUGAGUGAGUAGGUUGGGUUUUUGAUGAAGGUAUGUCGGAGGGUAGCAUUGUAUACCUAAAAUCUCAGCUUGCUCAGUCCAUAGCAUGGGCUAUAUUAUUUUGGUAUGCCUAGAAGCAACCAACCAAUCAGAUGGCCAUUAAUGUUGGGAAAAUCAGUUACUGCACACGCACAAUGAUUUUCUAGACGCUCUAAGGCACAUCUGUAACCAUCACUAUGUCAGCACCAUUUAAUAAAAGGCAUGACAGUAGCAUUUCAUACCACAUCAGAAUACAGUGAUGUUUCUAUAUUAAAUUAACAGUAAUACCUCAGAGCUGCUCUGGUAGUGGUAUUUAAUGGAUUGAAAUUUACAGUUCAGUAAAUGGCUUAAAAUGUAACUUAUGAAAUAAACUCUGCCAAUUGACUAGAAUCAUGCAUGUUAACAGUUUGUCUGUAUUUGCAUGUAACAGUGGGUCACCAGGGAACGCUUAUUGAUUAUGUGAAUGUUUAAAUUAUCUUAAAGACUCUUGUUUACGGGCUUUAGAACACUGUAUUGGGGGAAUCUUAUUUAUAACAUUUUUCAAGGGACUAUUUGAACUUUAUGUCCAGAUCUGUAGAUGGAUCCACACACUUUAAUGGCCCCAGGCCUGGGCUUCUUAAAUGCAACCAGGGAGGGGAGCACAUGGGAGGAAAUGGGUGUCUGUAUAUGUAUAUAACAUGCACCCAGGAUAGUGUGCUUUUUAAAAUAAUGUUUUUAUUAAAACAUCAGAAACUGAACCCUAAAAAUGAGCAUUACAUUCACUAAGCAAACAUCUAGUAAGUCUCUCUCUUGUAUUUCACCUCUUCAGGUUUAUGAUACUGUCUAGGAUGACUCAGGCAUUAUGAUCACCUAUUAGAACAUUCAAAAAUAAUGUCUUCAGUGGCGUAAACGGGGUUUGCCAAGUACAUCCAAGCAGAGGGCACACAUGGCACAGUUAAAACUGUAGAAAUCAGCCAGCAUUGCUUCUUGGUGCCAAAAGAAAUUCUUACAUUUAACCAUUCAGCAACUAAGUUAGGUAAAUUCCAUAAGGUAAUUCACUAAGAGUUGGUGGAGCUUGGUUUUUAAUUCAUUAACCUAGUGUGACUUUAGGCAUGUCUUUUUAUUCCUACUUCUAAAAUACCAUAUCUUUGCAGUGUUCCUCUUUGUCUUGGUCCCCUGCUGUUCACCAUUUACCUCUGAUCCAACAACAAAAAAAAUGUUGGCCGACUGGUCUUAUCAUUUGGAGUCAGAUGUGUCUUAGAGCUAUGUGUGCAUCUGUGAAUGGCCAUUCCUGCCCCACCCCCUUCCUCUCAUCCAGGUUCCCCCCUUCCAGUCCCCAUAUCUCAUGAAGUCAUGGCUAUGGGGAGAUCUGUGUCUCCCUUCCCAUGGUUUAACUUUUCUAUCAGUAUCAAGUAUCUAAAAAUGCUUGUAAAUACUGUGAUAUAUUUAUUAAUAUUCAAAAAGUAUUCAGCGUGCAAUGGGAAUUAACUCUCAAGGCAAAUAAAAAUUAAAUAAUUGAUAUAUACACUGACUUAACAAUCUUACUAGAUUCCAAGUCCUAGCCGUUUUGAAUUAAACCAGAAGGUUGUCAUGUAGGAGUUUGAAAAAUUAUUUUAAGUUUGAAGAGAUUGUGAUUAGCACCACGAACCCAUACCAUGAAUUUCUUAAGGCUGUUACUUUUCUAACUGUAUUAAUAUAGGACUCAAUUUUGGGUGUCACCUCAAGGAGACACAAGUUUUUUAAUUAUGUUGCUGUUUGCUGAAACAGAGUAGCAGAAAACUUUGUACAUGCAAAACUGUUGAAGACCCUGAGGAGAUGUGUACUGGUGGGCUCUGAUCAGCUUCCUGCGUGUAAAUUCAAGGUACUGCUGCCAUUUAGGCAACAUGGCAGAACCGAGCAUUUUCCAGUAAAGUCUUCUAUUUUAAAUAUUAUCUAGGGAGAAAUAAAAUGGCUUUCCAUCGUACCUUCUGUGUUGAAUUACUGUUGUAAAAUGGUGAUACUUUUUGGUAAUUAUCUGUUAGAAGUCACCUAGGCUGGGAAGGCAAAGUGCUUUUAUCGUUGGCAGCUUAAGGUCAUUUUGAGAAAUACAAAAGUCAUAUGUGGAGACUUUAAUUAUGUAGGGAGAGAUAAAACUUUUAUAUAUGGGUUCUAAAUAGAAUUCCUCAUGGAGUUUCUAAAAUGCCCCAUCCUAGGGACAUUUCUUAUUGUAGCAUUUAAAAGCUUGAGAAACAGGAAGUUCAAACCCAGAAUCAACUUACAGAUGUUCUGUUUUUACAUGAAUUGAGCUAGAGACCAUCAUGGACUCUACAGUUUAAACAUUACAUGAUAUUGAAUUUGGAAUUAAUUCUUUUGCAUAUGCCAUUCCCUUGUUUGCCAGACAUUUCUUAGGAUCUCCUUCCACUGGAGUUCCCCUGUGAUCUGUAUAUAACAAGACAUUUGUUUGUUUCUAGCUCAUAAUCCAAAUGUUCGGUGACUUUCCAAGUCCAAGUCAGAGUCCUUAGCUCAUGGCUCCCAGAUUCCAGAUUCAGAAAACAUGGCUACCAUAAACAGGAGAAGCUUUGGGUAACCCGUAUUUAACUAUAUAUUUUUUUUUUGAGGGAAAAAUGAAUAGUUGUAAAUCAUCAUAGUCCAGGAUUUCAUAGAAUUUCUUCAAGGAAAGGACUUGAUUGCAUAACUCAUGCAUAUGAAGACUCCAGUUGUGGUAUCUCUGCAGAAUGUGUGCAUGUCUGCAUGCACACGCACGCACAUGAGAUAGUAAUAAAUACUAAGAAAGCGUAUGGUCCUUCUUUUCUCAUGUCAGCCAAAGGCCUAUAUCCUAGAAACAUCUCCCUUGGCCCACCCAAAGAACCUCUUAAUAUAAAACCCUGCCUAUGCUAAUUAAAUGUUCAGGUGCAGUUACCUAGUGGGUCUGAAUUACCUGGAAGACUCAAUUUUCACUAUUGUUCUGACUUACUCCAUGAGUAUCAAGAGUAGGAAGCUCCACAUUCCCCUCUUCUCACAGAGAAAUUAAACACAAAACAGCAGUGCUCACAUUGUCAAAAUAUUGAUGAACAGCUGGGAGAUCACAGCAGUAGGGCAAAGACUUAUGGAACAUUUGAAAAAGUCUCUAAGCUAAUACUACCACAGCCUACAACAAUAAAAUAAGAAAAGAAAGGGGGAGAAAGAAUGAAAAUAACCUAGCAAACCCUGAGGAAGGAGGGUAGAGAACAUGAGUUCUAGAACUCAUUUGUAUUAUUCAAAUGUCCUGUUUCCAACCAAAAAGUCACAAAAGAAACAGGGAAAGAUCACCCAUUCAAAGGAACAAAAUAAACCAACAGAGACCAUCCCAGGAAGACCAGACACUGGACCUACUUAAUACAGAUUUUAAAAUAACUGUCUCAAAUAUGUUUAAAGAAGAGUGACCCCUGAAUCUAUUGCCUGAAAAUAACUUUUUGAACCUUGAGAUGAAACUACCCCCAUGAAGUCAUCUUUAAACAAUUUAUUUCAAUUAAUGACUUAAAAAAAAAAAAAAGUUAAAGGAAAAUACAAUGAAGUAAACAGAAUUGAGGAAACAAUGUAGGAACAUAAUGAGAAUAUUAACAGAGAAAUUGUAAAUGAAACCAAACCCAAUUCUGUAGCUUAGAAGUACAAAAAUUGAAAUUAAAAAUUCACCAGAGGGGUUCAACAGCAGAUUUAAGCUGGCAGAAGAAAUGAUCCAUGAUCAUCUAAAGUACAAUAAAAAAAAUAAUAAUAACUGCCAUCAAUUUAAAGAAAAUGAAACCAUCCAUGAACUUGAAGAUAGGACAGUUGAAAUGAUCCAAACUGAAAAAAAGAGAAGAGAUUAAAUAAAAAUGAACAAAGCAUUAAAGAACUGUUGGACACCAUGGAAGUCCCAGAAGGAGGGGGAGGAGGGGAAAAAGAAGGGAAGAAAUAAUGGCUGAGAACUUUCCAAAUCUGACUAAAGACAUAAGUUUGCAUGUACAUGAAGCUCAACAAAUUCCAUGUAGGGUAAACCCAAGGAGAUCUAUGCUGAGACAUAAUCAAACUGUUGAAAACUAAAGAGAAAGUUUUGAAAGCAGCAAGAGAAAAGUGAACUGGCACAUACAAGGGAGCCCCAAUAAGACUGUUGAAUUCUCCUCAGAAACCAUGGGGCCCAGAAAAGGGUGGGAUGACAUAUGAAAAGUAUUGAAAAAACUGCCAUCCAAGAAUUCCAUACCCAGCAAAACUAUCCUUCAAAAAAAACUGCAGAAUUAAGAAAUUCCCUGAUAAAAAGAGAGUUUGUUAUGCCCACACCUCCCCUAAAAGAAAUGCUAAAGGGAGUCCACCAGUUUGAAAAGUGAAGACAGCGUAUAAUAACCCAAAACUGCAUGGAGAAAUAAAGAGCUUUGAUAAAAGUAAUUUCAAGAGCAAACAUAAAGGCCAAUUUUGCUGUACUUUUUGGUUUGUAAUAUAUUUGUUGUACAUGAUGUAAAAGACAACACUAUAAAUACUAAGUAUAUGAUUGUGGUGGUGGUUAGUUGCCCUGGAGUCUAAUCUGAUUCAUGGCAAACCCACAAGUGCAGAGUACAGCUACUCCAUAGGUUUUUCAAGGCUGUGACCUUUCAGAAGCAGAUCACCAGACUUGUCUUCCAAGGUGCUUCUGGGUGGGUUUGAACCACCAGCCUUUCAGCUAGUAGUCAAGUGCUUAACCUUUUGCACCACCCAGGGCUCCUUAAUUAUUGGGUACAUAAUGUAUAAAUAUAUAAUUUGUGACAUCCACGACAAAAAGGGAAGGGGGAAGACGUAUGGGAACAGAGCUUCUGUAAUUGAAGUUAAAUUGGUAUCACUGUAAGGUAGAUUGUUAUAAAUUUAGGAUGGUAAAGGUAAUCUCUGUGGUAACGACUAAAAAUUUCUUACUUUAAAUGUGAAUGGAUUGAACUCUCCAAAAUGCACAAGUUCGCAGAGUGGAUAAGAAAACAUGACCCAAACAUACGUGGUCUACAAGAGACCAUGUUAAAUCAAAAGUUACAAAUAGGUUGAAGUUGUAAGCUUGGAAAAACAUGUUCCAUGCAAAAAAAAAAAAAGCUGGGGUGGUGUUAUGGUUUGAAUUGUGUCCCCAAAAAAUGUGUAUCAACUUGGCUAGGCCAUGAUUCCCAGUAUUGUGUGGUUGUCCACCAUUUUGUGAUCUUAGGUGAUUAUCCUAUGUGUUGUAAAUCCUAACCUCUAUGAUGUCAGUGAUAAUGAGGCAGGAUUAGAGGCAGUUAUGUUAAUGAGGCAAGGCUCAAUCCACACGAUUAGAUUGUAUCUUUAGUCAGUUUCUUUUGAGAUAAAAGAACUGAGCAUUGAGAACAGGGACCUCAUACCACUAAGAAAGAAGAGGCAGUAGUUGAGCAUGUCCUUUGCACCCAGGGUCCCUGUGCUGAGAAGCUCCUAGACCAGGCGAAGAUUAAUGGCAAGGACCUUCUCCCAGAGCCAACAGAGAGAGAAAGCCUUCCCCUGGAGCUUGUGCCCUGGAUUCAGUCUUCUAGCCUCCUGUACUAUGAGGGAAUACAUUUCUCUUUGUUAAAGCUGUUCACUUGUGCUAUUUGUUAUGGCAGCACCAGGUAACAAUGGUAGCUAUAUUAAUAUCAGACAAAAUAGAUUUUAAGUCAAAAUCUGCUAUAAGAGACAAGGACAUUAUAUAAAAAAAAAAUCAGUUCAUCAAGAACAGGUCACAUAAAUAUAUAUGCACCCAAUAGGGCCCUGAAAUAUGUGAAGCAAACACUGACAUAAAUAGUUCUACAAUAAUAGACUUCAACACACCAUUUUCGAUAAUGAAUACACUUUUAAACAAAAGAAUAACAAGGAAAUAGAGUCUCUGAAUGACACUAUAAAUUCAGUAGACCUGAUAGACAGAGUAUUUCCUCUGACCACAGUGGAAUGAAGUAGAAAUCAAACAGAAACUGGAAGUUCCAAAAAUGUGAAAUUAAACAGCCAGUAGAUCAAAGAAGAAAUCACAAGGGGAAUCAGAAAAUACUUGAGAUUAAUGAAAAUGAAAGCAAAACUUUUGGCAUUAAUUAGAGGAAAACUUAUAGCCAUAAAUACCUUCAUUAAAAUAGAAGAAAAAGCCCAAAUCAAUAAUCUAUACCUUGAAAAACUGGAAAAGGAGAGUCCAAAGCAAAUAGACAGAAGGAAAUAAUUGAGAUUAAAGCAGAGAUACAAGACAUAGAAAAUAUAAGAAUAGCGAGAACCAACAAAACUCAAUGUUGGUUUUUUUUUAAAUAUCCAUAAAAUUGACAAAA